AUGGCCGAGGAAUACUUCAAGAAGGCUCUCUCAUUAAGCAGGGAUAUUGGACACAGCUUGCGUGAGUUUCAAUGCCUUCUUGGUCUAACGGUGUUGAAGGUAUCACAAUUUGAUCUUGAAGAAGCCUUUUCGUUUCUUUUCCAAACCAUUCAAAUUUUCGACACGUUGCGAGGAUCUCUGAAAGAAAAUGAUCAGCUUAAAACAUCACUUUUGGAAACGCACGGCACCUUUCCCUACAAGUUGCUCAGUAGCUUGCUCUCUUCCAAGGCAAAGCCAUACGACGCUCUCUAUGUCGAGGAGUUGAGACGGGCGAGGGGCUUGGCCGACUUGAUGGGAGCUCGGUACUCUAUUGUAGAGCAGAUCUCAGGCGAUCCAAAAUCAUGGUAUGGGAUUCAAAACAUUGUCGCAAAGGAAACUGACUGUGCAUGCCUCUACAUUUCUGUUGGAGAAAAGGAUAUGCGCUACUGGAUUCUCAAAACUACAGGGGCUAUCAUUUUUUCAGAUGAGGAAGUGAGCCUGGACAAAAAUUUGGUGACCGGAUUAGUCCCUGACUUGGAUGAGUUUUUUACGGAAAGCUUUCGCAGCCUUGGCAUUUUACCCGCACAGAAUUGCGAAGAUCGAUCUCUAGAUGAUACCGAAUCAAUGUCACUUUACCAUGAAAAUCAGGCGCUCCUGCGCGAUUGUGAUGACAAAGGUAUCAAGACGAAUCUUCAAUUGUGCCACAAGAUAAUCAUCACUCCUGUGGCCGCUUUACUGAAGGAGCCGAAAUUAUCAUUGUCCCUGAUUCCUGUAUGUACCAGGUACCAUUUGCGGCUUUAACGGACGAUGAAGGAAAAUUUGUAUCGGAGACAUUCAGGUUACGCAUUGUUCCCUCUUUGGCAACUCUCAAACUUAUUCAGGACAGUCCUCCAUACUAUCACAGUCAAACAGGUGCACUGAUAGUCGGUGACCCUCAGGUUGGAGAGGUGAUUUACAAGGGAAGACGCAAGAAUAUAACACGAUUGACAUGUGCAAGAAAGGAAGCAGAGAUGAUUGGAAGACUUCUUGGCGUGACACCUUUGAUUGGAGAUCGCGCGACAAAGCAGGCUGUACUUCAAGCAAUACAUUCAGUGAGUCUGAUCCAUUUAGCUGCCCAUGGUGAUGCUGAAAGAGGAGAGAUUGUCCUUUCUCCUGAGUGUCCCGCUGACUAUGUUCCACGAGAAGAAGCCUUCCUCUUGACGAUGGAGGACAUUUCACGAAUUAAGCUGCGAGCUAAACUGGUUGUGCUUAGCUGUUGUCACAGUGCACGUGGACAGAUUAAAGCCGAGGGCAUUAUUGGAAUCGUUCGAGCGUUCUUAGGAUCCGGUGCUCGCUCAGUCUUGGCGGCACGGUGGGCCAUAGAUGACACAGCCACAGAGAAGUUCAUGACUUGUUUCUACGAGCACUUGUUCCGCGGUGAAAGCGCCAGUGAAUCUCUUCACGAGGCCAGGAAAUGGAUGAGAAACAAUGGCUUUGUGGAGGUCUCUAAGUGGGCUUCUUUUUAUGCUGAUUGGCGACAACGUGACGUUUGA